AUGCCUGGUAACGCGUCGGAAACCGUGGUGGAAAAGUAUCGUUACGAGAUCCUUUUCGGUGCGUGGCUUGCCGUCACAGGAGCGACAUUUCUUCGCAUCAGACGCCAGCCCUACUCGACGCGUCUGAAGAUUGAACAGUACGAGAGCAUCUUCAAAGGCACCUCUCUGGGCGCAGUUCUCAUCGGCAUCGGAAUCACGCCUGCACGGAGCACGGCAAGGCGGUUCAGUGGCAAUUGA